UUCGGCCACCUCAUCGCACUUCGACCGCCUCCCAUCCGUGCGUGUCAACUUGCGUUGCCUAUUUCUAGUCGCGCGCGGGUUCGCGCGUGCCUCCCACGCGUCAUCCGCCGCCAUUGCUUCGCCUAGUCCUGCGGGGACUAGGCUUCGCGCGCCUGCUUCCCACUCGCGUGCCAACGCGCGCUCCCAGCAAUCGCCGCCUUCCUCUCGCGCGUGCACGCCCACCACUCCUAAGCCCGCGAGGCUUAGGCCUCCGCCCGCGUCUGCGCUCCAAUCGCGUCCCUCAGCUUGCGUCGCGUGCUCGUCUCUUGCUCCUCGCGCGUGCGCGUCUGUGCCCGCUAUGCCUACUCCUACCUGGCUUCAGCUCCCGCCCGC